CUCCACGUUAGAGAAUCAAAUUAUUCCUGAGUUCUAUAUUAUUUGCAGGACUUGUACAUUGCAAACUUACAGAUUUUGUAACGUGGUGACAAAUAUUCCAUGUCUCCUUGCUCUUAAGGAAAUUACCUCAAAUAAAAACAAUUGCACAAAGAAAUAUUUACAAGAAAAAUAAAGGAAUUAAGCCCUUUUUGGAACAGAAGUCCUAGUCUUCAACAGAGGAAGGAAUUUGCCCAAAGUAAUUCCAGGUCCGCAAUGUGCUCUGAACCAAAGGAAACCAGUUCAGAAUUGUCCACGUCUUCCGCAAUUUUCCCCUCUCUCUUGCUAUCGUUAGAUUCAGAGCUGCUUGUGGACUCAUCUACAUCCACAAGAACAGAUAGCUAUUCGUCUAUCGAAUUAUUCCGAGAGGCAGAAGAGCUUAAAGAUGAUGGCUGGUUCCAUUGCAAGAAUUCUACUCUUCUGGACAAUAGUAAAGCUGCAAACAUUGAUGUCAUUGCCCAGCCUUCAAAUGUCUCCGAAAUUAUAGAACAUACUGAAAAUAUUAGAAGAGAAAGAAGCUUCAAAAACUCUGUGACAGAUGCAACUGAGAUGUGUGGGAAUUUUCAUCCUGAAUUGGUUAGAGUUGCAGGUAAAACCAUCUCCAAAUUGCAACCUGACAGUGAACAGAAAGGGAUUCGUGCAAUUUCCACUCCAUCAAAGCAGAAAAACCUAAGGCAAGAUGAAGUGCCAGUUUGUAGCAUUAUCCUAGCUCCUGUGUGUUAUCGACCAGCUAAAGUAUGGCAGUAUGAACAUCUGCAACCUGGCACAACAUUUGAAAACGUACCUCUAGGUAAAUCAUCUUCAAAUUUACUGUUUCAUUAUGUCUAUUUUACCCUCCAAACCUAUAUGUGGAUCCAUGAAGAUUAAAGCGAAUUACUUGGGUGCCAUGUACAUUUUCUUUUUUUAUAAAUGGUGAAAAAAUAUCAUGUAGAACCAAGCAACUGCAGAUACUGGUUAAUACACAAAAGGACACAAAGUGCUGGAGUAACUCAGCAGGGCAGGUCGCAUCUCUGGAGAACUGGCCAGUCUGAAGAAGGGUCACAACCCGAAACAUCAUAUAUCCAUGUUCUUCAGAGAUGCUGCCUGACCUGUUGUGUUACUCCAGCACUUUGUGUCCUUUUGUACAAAACAUCAGCCAUGGAUGUUCAGCAAAGUAGUCAUCCAAUCUGCAUUUGGUUGUCUCAAUAUAGAGACCAGUGAAUACCGUACAUUAGGACAGGCACUAAAUGCUGGAGUAACUCAUCGGGACAGGCAACUUUUCUGAAGAGAUGGGGUUGCGAUCCUUCUUCAGUACAUUAAGUGCUUAUUAACAACAGGACUGGGGGCAUGGAUUUACUGCAGAUAACAAAAAUCAUGGUUACUAUUGAAGCUUUGUAAUUAAUAAACUCACAGUUCUAAUAUCCAAUACAAAUAUCUGUCAUUGAUGUACAGAGCGAUAUUGGGGUCAAAGUCCAAAACACCCUGAAAAUGCCAAGAUUCAUAGAUGUCUUCAAUGAUCGGGACUUUGAGUACAGGAGUCAAGAGGUUAAAGGGUAUUAACUAUAAGGAUAGGUUGGACAAACUUGUAUUGUUUUCCCUAGAACAUCUGAAGCUGAGGCGAGAUCUGAAAGAUGUAAAAUUAUGAGAGGUAUGGAUCAUGGAGACGGCAAGAAUUUCUUUCCCCAAGGGGUAAUGUCAGACACUAGAGGGCGUAGUUUUUAGACGAUAAGGACAAAAUUUAAAGUAGAUGUGCGGGUCAAUUUUUUUUACACACAAGAUGGAGGGUGCCUGUAACAUGCUGCCUGGAGUGAUGUAGGAGGAUACAAUUUAAGAGGCUUCUAGUUAGGUACAUGGAUAUGCAGGGAAUGGAGGGAUAUGGAUCACGUGCUGGCAGAGGAGAUUAGUUUAACUUGGCACCAUGUUCAGCACGGACAUUGUGGCAAAGGGAUUGUUCCUGUGCUUCCUCUUCUAUGUUCUAACUUCUAAAUCCCCCAAGUGGACAUAAAUAUGCCCGAUAAUACUGUGAAAACAUUAACAAACUUUAGUGAAUGUAUUAGAAUAACUAAACACCAAAAAGGAAGUAUUAGCUGACAAACUGCUUCUAUUUAAACUUACAAGUAGUGACAGGUUUUGCAAUUUCAAGGUACAGCUGUGCAAAGAAAACCAUCCUCUAUUAGAUUAGCACACAGCAGGAAGCCACUCGGCAUAAGUAGUCUGGAAACUGAUCACAGAACUUGCACAAUGAUUGGUUCCUCAACAUGUAUGUGUACAUUGUGUGUGUGUAUAUAUA